AUGAGCGGGAUAAGGGCGCUGUACCUUUUUGCCUCUGCGGGAGACGGAGGAGGGCAUUCCCUGAUUUACGAGAGGCGCUUCCCCAACGUGGAGGUGUGCGCGAGAAGUGUGCAGACACACAGUUACGUGAAUCUUCCCAAACUGAGAAAAGUAGAACAACUACUUAAGGAGCAGAUAAUAAAAAGAAGCUUCCAAGAGGUACACACACACUCUGAGUUUGUCCAACUGAACAGAACAAUAUGUUGUUAUUCUGUACGUGUCAAGAAUAAAGUUGUUUAUCCCUUCUUGCUGAUGAGAAGUAGCAGCUUCAUUGUGAUAGUCCUUCUCCUGAUGGAAGAUCCGAACAAUGGAAGUCCCAAGGUGGAGGCUGCAAAUAAUGCGGAGAAGUUAUUGUAUUACAAUUUUAUGCAGGAUUUUUUAACCUACGUGGAAGGUAAGAUGGCCAAGCGAGCUUCUUUCCUUUUAUCCCCUUACGGACAAGGGAACCACAACAAGGUAGUACUCCUCCAGAAGAUUCGCACCAUCGGGGAUGCGUACAUAACUUCUACCAUUCCAUUUGGUAGAUUUCUCGGACGGAGAAGCUCUCCCUUUAUAGAUUAUCUGAAAGGAGAUAUGUACAAAAGGGGAGACAUUUUACAGAGUACCUUCUUCCCCUUUUACAAUUUUUUGAUGUUGGAAAAUAGGGACACUGUUCACCUGGGGAAAGGACCCACAACUGUGUGCAGCAGUUCUUUGGUGGAAGGGGGUACAGAGUGUCGCUUGUCGGAGGGGAGACGUCAAUUUACCUCCCCGAGUGAUCAAAGCGAGAGCUAUAAGGAUAGCAUGUUUAGCAGCAGUGAUUUGGAAGACGCAGACAGUUCAGUCGAAACAGUGGAAAAGCUCCCCUGCGCAUCUGUCAAGAGGAAGGAGCCAAACGAUAUUCUGUACCUAAAUGGAAAGCCUCCCUUUGUACCUCCCACAGAAGGCACUUGCACAGACAGGAAUGUAAAAGAGACCUUCUUCAAGCUACUUAUAAAGUUCUACAGCUUGGCCGGGAGGGACAACCUCAUCAGGGGGGAUAACCCGGGGGAGCCUCCACUUCCACCCAAUGCAUAUUAUCACUUAUAUCUUUUCUUCUUAUACAAUUACUUCUCCCGUUUGGGGAAGCACCAACAAAUCGCCAUUCAAAACGACUCUGCUGAGAAUGAGAGCGUCAGGAUUAGCAGGGAGAACAUUCAUACCUACGUCCCGCUUUAUGUACACGAGAGAAGCAACCGGUCGCCCACUCACCUGUUCAUUACGGAGGAGCUCACCGGGUUUGUAACGAACUCGGAAAAUCGGAGCGGGAACGUGAAGGGCGAAAUAAUACUGCAGUGCGAUGACGAACGGUACUUGGACGUCGACAUGACGCUCGAGCCGGACGACCAUGUCUGCGAUGUGUACGCAGGAGAUUUUGUUAACGUGGAGAAGAGGGGGAAGAGUCUACACAUCAGAGCGGCUACCAAACAUACGAGGAACACAGUGCUAACGUACUACUGCAGGGAUGUACCUUCUCCCCUCAUCGGAUUCUACACCCUUAAAAGGGCCGCCAGCGGGAAAUGUGCUCAAGUAGACGUGGGAUUGCAGUGGAAUAGGAACACGCCUUCCAUAACGUUUGAAAAGAAAAUAGCGGAGCCCUUUUUUGUGCGACUGCCCUUUCCCGGCGAAAUUGUUAGCCACACUUUGAAAUGUAACUUGGGAAAGAUAAAAAUUGAAGGCAGGCAGGAAAUAAAGUGGACGCUUCUUGACCUUCCGAACUUGGCGGCAAAACAGCUAUCUGCGGAAGUCCACUUGUUGUCCAAGUGCGCUUACUCCAAAAUGGCGGUGACCCACGUGAGCGAGGAGAUACACCCGCAACAGUUCUUCCACACCCAGGGGUUGACGCUGCUCAGUUCUUAG